AUGGGCUCAAUCAGUCCCACUGAGGGGCUUGCUCAAGCCGCACCAGAGAGCCCAUCUGGUUUCGCUCCAGGUCGAGCUGCGAAUGGUGAUCAGCGCUCUAAGGCACAAGAUAGCCCUCAAAUUAGCUGGCAAGACGUCCUCAAAUUACUCAAAGAAUACCAAAUUCGCUAUGACCAGCGAUUCUUGGACUUGGAAACGGCUCUUAAUCAUCGCGAUCCCACCCCGCCUGCCUCACCUGAGCGGAGAAGUGGUAAUGCACACCACACGAAUCAAUCUCAACCCAACACACCCGCGGUUCGACUUGCACCUUGGAAAGCCGAAGAGAUGGGCUAUUUUCUUCCUGAUGCAUCAAAGCACAAUCACAAGCCCCAACUUUAUUACCAAGAUGUGUAUCUUUUUGUUGAACGAAUGCGUGACGUGACUCACCUCAAGGGUCAAGACACUGUGAGGGCCAAUAUUUUCAGUUGCUUGAAAGGCGCGGCACUGGCUUGGUUUACCACUGAGCUUACUACCACGGAAAAGGAUGGUUUACGCAAUAGUUCUCUUGAGGAUGGCUGGUUUCAAGUGCUAAUUGACCGUUUCAAGCCGCGCCCUCAUGAAGCAUUGGAAAAGCUGAUGAAAAUGACCUAUGGACUAAACGACGUCAAGCAGGGUCGCAACCCACGUGUCUUUGUUCAAGAAUUUCUUCGCAGCGCUCGAGCCGCUCACAUCGAAAAGUUUUCUCAACUGCUGCUUGUCUGGAAUCAUUUGGAUGCCUCCCUGCGCCGCGACAUUCCAGAACCUUCGUCAAAUACGACAUUGACAGCGUUCUUGCAACAACUUGAUAAGAAAUACGACAUUUGGCGGGAUCUGGCAGCUCAAGAGAUCAAGUCUUGA